CUUUAAUGGCACGCGUUUUUGACUUACUACAAGAUUAUGAAAUGCAACGUCACGUGACUGGAAUGAAAAUUAAACAAUCUGAAUAACAAUAGGAAAUAGCUUAGUGGAUACAAUGAUCAAGUUUCUGUUAUUUACCAUUGUUUUAUGCAUUGUUAACGCUAUAUCGGAUCCUGAUCCUGCACAUCUGUGUCAAGAGAUCAUGACAGAAGAUUGUACUGUUUCUUACAUACCUGGAGAAAAAGAUGAGACGGUUUGCGGAACUGAUGGUGUUACAUACAGGAACAUGUGUUUCUUCUCCCAAUCGAGAUGCAAUAAUAAGAGAAUACAGAUGAAACACUUAGGGGACUGUGUCAUCACCACCACUCAUCCGACCACAACUGGCAACUUUUCUUUUCUUUUUAAGGAUUUGAAGAAAAGAGACAGUACUCGUGUAAACAUUGUUUCGGCUUCCCAACUAUGUCAAAACUUGCUGUCCCUUGACUGUAUGGCAUACAAUCAUGAAGGAGGAAGGGAUGAAACAACUUGUGGAACUGACAAUGUGACGUACAGAAACUAUUGUUACUACUCACAGGCAAGAUGCAAGGAUGAUACACUCGAUUUGAAGGCGAUGGGCAAUUGCACAUUCGCCACCACACCUCCGACAACUGCAGUCACAAGCACGACGGUAGACCCAUUUCUUCAGGUUUUUUGCGCACAGAAAGAUAGCAUCACAUGUCGCCUGGAUGAUACUUCUUCACCAAUAUGCGGUUCGAACGGACGACUUUAUCGCAACAAAUGCUUUUUCAACAUGGCAAAAUGUGACAACCUAGCCCUGACGUCGGGAAGUUUACAGGUCUGCGUUGAUGCUUUUGUUGGCAAAUAGAAUUUUCAUGUACAUUCUGUUUUUGCAGUUUCCAUACAUGAUUUUAAAAAAAAAUAUAUUUUCA